GCAAGCAAAAGUUGCCUGAUCAGCCAAAAAUGAUGAGAUGAACGCAACAUAAACAAGUCUUUGUUCAGUUUUUUUCAUCCAAAGUAGUUACAUUUGUAUGUGGAAACACGCAAAUUCUAUUUUUUACCAGUGAGGAACGCAGUUCUCAGGAAAGACUUCUCUAAUUGCUUGGUUCCUCUUUUCUUUCCUUCCUAUUUCUUUCCACAACCUUUUGGGUUCCCACUUUAAUUACAUUUGCUUGCAGUUGUUUAAAGGCUGUGAUUCUCACUCUACCGGUCCUGAGGAAAGGCUCUCUGUGGACUGAGGUUUUCAGUUUUUACUGCGAUUUUUAGUUCCCAUGAGAGCCCUCUCGAGGACAUGUACCUAUGUGGUGCCUCUGCUCUCAUCUAGUUGAAUAAAAGGAAGUAGAUAAUUUACUACCACGUUUGGUGCUUAUUUAUAAGAUGUUUUAAGGAAGAUUUGAAACACAUUUUCUGGAGAAAGCAGAAGACCUCUUCCCAGUAUGACUUCGGAAAUCACUUAUGCUGAAGUGAGUUUCAACAAUGAAUCCAAGUCCUCAGGCAUCAACUCUUCUGCAGCUUCCAAGGCAAGGACUGCCCCUCACAAAAGUAAUCGUGGGUUUCCCAAGCUGCCCUGCGCGUCACUGCUGAUGCUUCUCCUGCUAAUGGCAAUCUCAUUCUUUAUUGCUUUUGUCAUUUUCUUUCAAAAAUAUUCUCAGCUUCUUGAGAAGAAGACUACAAAGGACCUGGUUCAUACAACAUUGGAGUGUGUGAAAAAAAAUAUGACCACGGAAGGGAUAGCCUGGAACUGUUGCCCGAAGAACUGGAAGUUGUUUAGUUCCAACUGCUACUUUAUUUCUACUGAAUCAGCAUCUUGGCAGGAGAGUGAGAAGAAGUGCGCUGGAAUGGAGGCUCACCUGCUGGUGAUAAACACUCAGGAAGAGCAGAAGUUCAUCUUCCAGAAUCUGGAACAAAAGUCUGCUUAUUUUGUGGGACUCUCAGAUCCAGAAGGUCAGCGACAUUGGCAAUGGGUUGAUCAGACACCAUACAACGAAAGUGCCACAUUCUGGCAUCAAGGUGAGCCCAGUGAUACGAAGGAGCGCUGCGUUUUGCUAAAUUUUCGUCGGGAUCUCAGAAGCUGGGGCUUGAAUGACGUUCCUUGUGAAGAUCGUCAAAGGUCAGUUUGUGAGAUGAUGGCGAUCCAUUUAUGAACUGAACAUUCUCCAUGAACAGCUGGUUGGAUUGGCAUCUGUCAUUAUAGGGAUAGAUAAUAAGCUCUUCUUAUUUAUGUGUAAGGGAGGUCCAUAGAAUGUAGGUGGGCUGUCAACUAUUCUACUUACAAGAUAAUUGGUCUGUACAUUGAUUGAUUCACUUUUUCCUAAAAUGAGCAUUUAUUGAGCAUUUUUUCAUGUGCCAGAGACUGUACUGGAGACCCCUAUUGUACACACAUGGAGAGAACAUGAGUCUCUCUCAAUUUUUGUCUGGUUGCUAAAGAACUAUUUACCAAUAAAAUUAUGUGAUGUGGUUUCUCCUCCUAUAUGGUUUUUUCUUCAUCCCUGCUAUAUUGAUGUAUAAUUGACAAAUAAAAUUGUACAUAUUUUAGGUUUACAUAUAUUGUGAAAUGAUUAUCAUAAUCAAGGUGGUAAACCCACACCACUUUCUUAAGACAUUAUGAGAUUUUUUUUAGCUCAUUAGCUGUUGUUCAUGUCAGUGUACUUUAUGUGUGGCCCAAGACAGUACUUCCAGUGUGGCUCAGAGAAGUCAAAAGACUGGACACCCCGUCUUACAUGUUUUGGAUAUUAACCCCUUGUCAGAUACAUAGUUUGCAAAUAUUUUCUCCCAUUCUGUAGGCUGCCCUUUCACUUUUUUAUUGUUCCCACUGCUAUGCAGAAGCUUUUUAUUUUGAUGCAAUCCCAUUUGUCUAUUUCUGCUUUUGUUUCCGGUUUUCUUUUAUUUAAAUGAAGUUGAAUAUUUUACUUCUUAUUUUGCUGCAAAGCUGUUGCUUCAUUGUAUAAAACUAGCACUAGCAAAUGUACUAGCUUGCAAAAUUAAGAUAGUGUUGUUCUUCAUCUGACACUGUACAUCCAUCAGCAAAAAGCUCUCCACUCCCAAUUACUUCCAAUGAAAGAUGAUUAAGUAUUUUGAACCAAAUCCAGAUAUAGAUGUAAGCAAGUGACAGUAUUACAUAAGGCUUAAGACAACAAUGUUAGCCUUGAAUUACGUAAUAUUAAUAACUAGGUUUUACCAUAGAUAAUUUCAUGAAUUCUGAAUACUAGAGCCUAGUCUAAAAAUCAUAGGGUAUUGUGAAAAAGAAGCAUAUUUUAUCUGCAAUAAUUA